UAUUGAUACUUGCGACCGGUACAACCCUUAUUUCAAUGACAUAUAUUGAGAUAACGGCAGUUAAAGACAGGUCACCAUCUGUCGCUACAAGUAGGGGAAAUAACUUAUGCAAAUAGUUUUAACUGGACUACAAGUACUUUGUAAAUAGUAAAAUUUAAUGUCGAUAUGCAGGUUCAUAAAUCUCUCAUAUAGUGUGUAAAUAUGUUUUCUGGUUCAGUGGAGAUGAUAGUUGGUGCAGCUGCAACAUACCUACUGAUUUGUAACACUCGGAUAUAUCUCUUGUUUGUUAUAAUUGGUGAACUCUGAUAAGUACUGUGUUUUCGUGAAAUUAAUUUGUUCCCGGGCGGAUACCGAUAAACAUAUGGAUGUUAAGUCUUAACACAUCACCAUGUUAAAAAACUGUCAUGAGAAAUAACUAGCAGGGUUAUAUUGAUGGAACAUAAUGGAAGCGGAUAGCCUUCUAUAGUUUUGAUUUACGAGUGGCAAUUUCUACGGAGUUAUUUAACGACACAAAAACACAACAGAAUCAUGAAGAUACCAACGGAUUUUGACUUAGCGGAUAUUAUUACUGACCAGAAGGUGGCACCACCUCCACGGAAACCAAGGUUGCAAAAACAUGACAUUUUUAUGGAUAUCAAAAAGUUCAAGGCUAUUGAUGACCAUGCAAUUAAGGUAGCACAACAGAGACACCGGUCUUUUAGAGGACUGAUCUGGCAUUUAGUUUACAGCUCCAAGCAUGUCAAAACACAAGUGGACAAAGUCAGGGUAUUAUUUAAAUGGAUAGUACACCGAGAUCCUGGAACAAAGGUGUUUGAUACUAACAGCGGAAACAAUACAGUAGAAAAUAUCAUUGAAGAGUUUAAAAAUGGAAAGUCUACGCAUGCUCAGAUAUUUCAAAUUCUUUGCCUGUAUGCUGGACUUAACUGUAAGAUUAUAUGUGGUAAAGCAAAAGGGAAAGACUAUAAACCAGCUGAUUCCUGUAAUGACGCUAAAUACCAGCAUUGUUGGAAUGCAGUUUGUAUUGACGGAAACUGGUUUCCGGUCGACACGAAAUGGGCAGCUAAACGAAAGACACAUCCAGGUUCUGAGGAAUUCUACUUUCUUACAGAUCCAGAGAAAUUAUUGCUGAGUCACUGGUCUUCCGAUCCAGUUUGGCAGCUCGUGGAUCGUGCAAUCUCAUUGCAAGAAUUCGAAAAUUUACCAUUCGUCAAGCCACAUUUCUACGUUUGCGAGUUGAAUUUUAUGGCAAAUGUCAAAUCCACUAUACAAACGAAACGUGGCCAAGUAAAAUGGGACCUUGGAAUCACACAGCCGACAAAAUUCUUUUUCAGAAUGACCACAUUUGAUACUGGUAGUGAAUCAGUAGAUGGACAGUCUUUAAAAAAUUUUGUUUAUCAUGAAGUCCAUAAUGGACGAGCAAAUUUUAUCCUGAGAUCACCCCCUCAAGGAAUGUAUUUACUAAAGCUCUAUGCAAAACAGCUUAUAACAGAUCGUAAAGAGGAGAUUACCAAAUUCCAGGAAGUGGUUUCGUAUAGGGUCCAAAUAGACCGCACGUGCAUAGAGGAUGAUCCAUUGCCUUGCUGCUGGGAUCGUACAUGGGGACCAGGUACCAGGAGUGAAAGAAUGUGUCUUUAUCCAGUUCAGAAAAAGGGAACAAUAACAACAACGGAAAAAUCUAUUUGUAUCGAAAUCAACAAAACUAGACCCGUUAAUAUAUUCUGUAGAUGUAUCCGAAAUGACUGGAACGAGAGAGAACUGCAGAAGUGCAUCAAGAUACAAGACAAUGACACGAAGGCUUAUGUUGUCCUUACUAUGCCUAUGUCAGGUGAAUAUGGGCUUGAAAUUUACGGCAGUUUUCCUAAUCAACCAGAAAAUGUGUAUACACAUGUAUGUCAAUAUCUGAUUGUCUGUACACGAAGAGAUGAUGAUCAAAAUGAGGAAUUACUGCAGCAAUACCUACUCUCUCCUGGAAGUAGAAAUGUUGAAUCUUUUGAAAAGAUGACAGCUAAAAGUGUGCAACCAAUAAAUAAUAUGCCAAACGGGGUCGGAUCACCACCAUCAUCAUUCCAGCUUUCAGUUGUCAACAUGAACGACGCUGAUCUUCCAGAUCCGGCUCCGAUGAACCAUCCGACCAAUCAUAAAUUUGAAAACAACAAUACCUGGGACAAGCACGUGAAGAAGAUAUGUGAAACGAGUUACACAACAUUCCGAGAACUAAUGUGGGACCUAAUCUAUUCCAAGAAACUAGAAGACGAUACAACAAAAGCUAGAAUCUUAUUUACAUGGUUGGUGUCAGUUAAUCGCCAGGAACUAACUUUUGAAGACGUGGAACCUGGAAGUCCAGAAGAAGUUCUUAAUGGAUUGAGUAAUGGAAGAACUACUUAUGCUAUGGCUUUUCAUACACUGUGUUUACAUAGCGGACUACACUGUAAAGUUAUAACUGGUGUAGCCAAAGGUUCCGAUUACAAACCAGGCCAACCAUUGGGACCAGGAUCCAAUCAUCACACAUGGAAUGUUGUACUAGUAGAUGGAAUAUGGCGUCUAGUAGAUGUCAGGUUUGCAAGAAGACCAACACAAACAUCGAGUGGAGAAUUAAGUUAUGAAGUGGACAGCCAUUAUUUCCUGACACAUCCGGUGCUGUUUAUUUACACACAUUAUCCAGACGAUGUCCGAUGGCAGCUCUUAGAACAACAGGUCUCAGAGGAAGAGUUUUGUAAUAUGCCAAUCAUGACGCCACAUUUCUUUCUUUUGGGAAUAGAUUUAUUAAGUCACAAGUUGGCAAAUAUUUAUUCAACAGAUCAGGUAUAUAUUGCUUUGAAAUAUCCUAAAAAUAGAACGUAUAACUUUACUUUUAGUAUACAAAACGUGGACGGAAGCGACGAAUAUGAAGGAGUGAAGUUCAAUCGUUACGCCAUGUUGGAAGCAGCAGACGGUAUGGUGACGUUUAGGGUGAGACUACCAAAAUCAGGGACUUACGAUUUGAUAGUCUAUGCUAAAGAAGACUUAUCCGAUAAAAAAGAAAACAUGUUUGCUGAAAUAUGUGACUACAAAAUUGUACAAGAAACCGUGUCGUCCACUGUUCACAAACCAUACCCACCUUGCGCUUAUCAGUCAUGGGGAGUCGGUGCUGCUUUCCACAAAUUUGGUCUUACUACCAAUCAAAAUUCUGGCAUAGUAGAAACGGUAAAUGGAGAAGUUAAAAUUGAAAUAACUUCUCCAAAACCCAUGCAGUUUAGAAGCAGACUGCUUCACUAUGAACAUACCACCGAGUUUGAAGGUUAUGUAACAUACAAAACAGUCGACGGUGAGAAUGUUUUUAAUGCUACUGCGCCUUUCAAAGGUGAAUUCGGAUUAGAAAUCUAUGCAAAAGAUCCAGAUACAGAUACAAAAAAGAUGCGUCAUGUUGCUCAAUUUUUAAUCUGCUGUAGUGAAGACGUCAAAACCCUUCAACUACCAAAACUUCCAUCCGGGUUUUUAGGACCACAACCAAUGCUUGUGAAGUAUGAGAUAACUGCAGCUAGCCAUCCGGAUCCAGUGAUACACACAGACGACAACAAAAUAGAAAUUGUCUUUAAUACAUCGGAAGCCAUGCGUUUUACUGCUAGUAUGUCAGAAGCUGAGACUUCUAAUGACUGCUCCGAAUAUGUAUUCAUUCAAUCAGGUGAUAGCGAAGUGAAACUUCUGGUAGAGCCACCAAGAUUGGGCUUUUUCCUUCUGUGUGUCCAUGGAAAUCCAUUCACUGAUAGUAGUCAUCAAAUUCCAGGGCUAUAUAAUUACUUGAUAUAUUGUAAGGCUGUUACUAAGGAAGUGGUUCCUUAUCCUAAACAAUUUGGAUAUUGGAAGGAAGGCUGCUACAUGUGGAAACCACUGUCCAUCAAGUCUGGGCUUAGUGGGGAAUUUGUGCCUUUUGCAGUACGCGUGCCACGAGCUAAAACAGUUGCAGUGGUGGUCAAUAAAGAUUGGACCCCACUAAUUUUAAACGAAGUGUCCGGCAUUUGGGAAGGUUCAAUUCAGAUAAAUUGUACCGAACCGUCAAACAAGGUUGUUUUAGUAGCUAGCUACGGUGAUGACCAACUGAGGUUUGCUACAUUAUUGGAAUACGUUCUGUGAUGUUGUCUAUUCUAGAGUUUUAUCGACAUUAAAACUUCUUUAAAAAAUUUGAUUUGAUAGAAGUUUUCUAUUGAUAAAGUUGCUUGAUAAAUAGUUUUGUAAGUCUAUUAACAUAUAGGUUUUGAAAUUUUACAAGUGAAAACAUGUAAACAUCUUGUAGCCCUAUACACUAUUGUCUAAGUAUAAAUUAAUUUUACUGUUAACAAGCAAGUUCAUGAUUAUAAUUUAUGUUUGCUGGUUAUUUUGUCGUAAAAAAAUAAUAGAAAAUGUUUUCACCAUGAUAUUUUUGUAAGUUAAAAUCAUAAUUAAAGUAGUGAAUCUAGGAAAACAUUUUUAGGCUUAAAAUUUAGCAAGAGUUAUUCCUCUUUGCAUUCCUUCUCAUGUUCAUUUUAUCUUAAAGUAUUAUUAUAUCCAAGCUCAGUGUAUAUGAUUAGAUGGAAAGUCCCUAUUGUAUUGUUACUGUUUUUUUUAUUAAUGUAUGAAAAAUCAAAUAAAAAAUGAUGAAUUGAAA